AUGUGUGGCGGCUUGGCGCAAGUUGUCGAAGCGAGCCGCCGUGCAGGAGCCCCGCUGCAUCGACAUCUGAAGAAGUUCGCGGUCGUGCUCCAGUGGUACACGGUGCUCUUCGUGGGCUUCGUGGUCUUCUCGGCCGUAUCCCUGGUGGUAUUCAUGAAAGAUAUCCUCUUCGUCUCUGCUGAGGCGAGGGAGGAUAAUCUGCGAGAGAUGUUCGAGUUGUCGACGCUCGGGAACGUGACGUUCGAGGAAUUCGAGGCGGGGCUCAGCGUCGGCACUUUUGUCACGACCGCCAACGUGUUCGGCCAGAUAGCAGGACCGAGUGUUGGUGGUCGCCAUCAGCAUGUACCAUGCCAUGGUGCUCCUGGUCAUCCCGUCCCACCGUAA